UAUACUUUCGAAUUAACUGUCCAUAACGAUGAUACGUAUGUCAGCAUCCACUGCAGCAAAACUCUUGCAACGGAGGAUUUUUUGUUGCAGUCGUCCGAACAGAUCAUACUGCUUGGAAAAUCAGACUUUAUCACCUCCCCGAAAAAGACACCAGGUCCCUGGAAAUGGACUUAAACGUUGUCAUGCUUUUUCCUCCCUACAUAUGCGAGGAGGCAAGACUCUGCUGGCAUUUAACUGGCUUGAAGUUGGUUCUUUGAACCGGUAUACAUGGGGGAACUCUAGGCACACUUUCGUUUACUACAGUACCUCAGCGGACUCCAAGAAGUCCACGGAACUUGUGGACAAUGUAGAGAGACAAGUCAAGACAAGCGAAACAACUUUCCGUGUACCUUCAGAUGACGUCAAAAAACUGCUGCAACUUGCUUACCCGGAGCGCUGGCGACUGUCAGCGGCUGUGAGUUUCCUGGUCAUCUCCAGUGCCGUCACCAUGUCUGCACCGUUUUUCCUGGGUAGAGUUAUUGACACCAUUUACACAAGCCCGCCAGAAGAUUUCGCUGCUUCUUUGACCUCUCUGUGUAUCAUGUUAGCGGGGGUUUUCCUCUGUGGAGGAGCAGCAAAUGCCGCACGAGUCUACCUCAUGUAUAUCUCAGGACAACAGAUUGUGCGAAACUUACGCAAAUCCCUUUUUUCCUCAAUUUUGAGGCAGGAGGUUGGGUUUUUCGAUAAAACACGUACCGGUGAGCUUAUUAACCGACUCUCAAGUGACACAGCACUGGUUGGCCGAUCUGUCACCGACAACCUUUCAGAUGGGCUACGUGCUGUCGCUCAGGCGGGUGCCGGAGUUAGCAUGAUGUUCUACGUGUCACCCAGUCUCGCUACCUUUGUGCUGAUGAUUGUUCCUCCUAUGGCUGGUCUGGCUGUCAUUUAUGGCAGAUACCUGCGCUCCCUAUCCAAGCGUAAACAGGACGCCCUCGCAGAGGCCACACAGUUGGCAGAGGAGAGGAUCAGUAACAUUCGAACAGUCCGGGCCUUUGGUAAAGAGUUUUCUGAGGUGGAGAGAUACAGUGAGAGGGUCGACCACGUCUUUCGGCUGGGGAAGAAGGAAUCAGCGUUUAGUGCUGGCUUCUUUGGAAUUACUGGCCUCAGUGGAAACAUGAUCAUCUUGUCUGUGCUAUAUAAGGGAGGUCUGCUAACGGCCAGCGAGCACAUGACCGUGGGCGAGCUCUCCUCCUUCCUCAUGUAUGCAUUCUGGGUCGGCAUCAGUAUAGCCGGGCUCAGUUCAUUCUACUCAGAGCUGAUGAAAGGCCUUGGUGCUGGCGAUCGGCUCUGGAUGUUGAUGGACCGCAAACCCGCACUUCCGUUGAAUGAGGGGGUUGUGCUGAAGCCAGAGCAGCUAAAAGGCGAACUGGAAUUCCAUAACGUGUCGUUUGCUUACCCCACCCGCAACGAUGCACCCAUCUUCCAGGGUCUGAACCUGGCUGUGCCCGCCGGGACAGUCAUGGCAGUGGUGGGACCCAGUGGCUCCGGCAAGUCCACCCUGGUGUCGCUUCUGUUACGGCUCUACGACCCUGAUACGGGUAUGAUCACUAUCGAUGGCCAUGAUGUGCGAGACCUGAACCCCAGUUGGCUGAGAAGUCAGAUUGGCACUGUUAGUCAGGAGCCUGUGCUUUUCUCAUGUUCCAUUGCUGAGAACAUUGCCUAUGGAGCCGCAGACCCCAGUCAAAUCACAGCGCAGGACAUUCAUAGAGCAGCUCAGGUGGCCAAUGCAUAUGACUUUGUUCAGGGCUUCCCCCAAGGCUUUGACACUGUGGUUGGGGAGAAGGGUGUGUUGCUAUCAGGUGGACAGAAACAGAGGAUUGCCAUUGCGAGGGCUUUGCUCAAGAAUCCCAGAAUACUCUUAUUGGACGAAGCCACAAGUGCACUGGACACAGAGAACGAGGUCCUGGUGCAGGAGGCUCUGGAGCGACUGAUGCAGGGCCGUACCGUGCUCAUCAUCGCCCACCGUCUGUCCACCAUUCAGAAUGCAGAUGCUGUGGCCGUGCUGGACCGGCACCGUGUGGUGGAAUGUGGCCCGCAUUCCCAGUUACUCAACAACAGCCAGGGCCUCUUCCGCAAGCUCAUGGAAAGGCAGGCCCUUCUGCAGGCCAAGCAGAAACAAGCACUGUAGGGCUCAAGGGGACUUCCUUUAGUCUUGUACCUGCGAUGAGGAGAGUUGGGACUUAUAGAGAAGUAAGCAUUUUGAGGACUGGAUUCUUAAAAACGUAUUUUAGGCUGUGCUUCAAUCAGAAACACAAAAAACGGAGGAUGGGCGAGAUACUUUUCAAGCGUCACGAAUCGUUUGUUGUGCUCUUGGUUUUGUUUCACAUGCGAACAAUUUUGCACUUGAGGGGGGAAAAAAAUUGCAUGUUAGACGAAUUCGCUGAAUAAAAGCGCUUACGGCACAGCGCUGAGAAUCAGA